GCAGUCUCCACCCGGCCUGCUUUGCAGACGGGGCUCCUGAAGCAUGCUGCCACCUACCUAUCCCAUCGGGGUGCCCCGCCAUGGCCAGACCACCCAUCCCCGGCUCAGUGAUCGUCCCAGACUGGCACGAGAGUGCCGAGGGCAAGGAGUACCUGGCAUGCAUUCUGCGCAAGAACCGCCGGCGGGUGUUUGGGCUGCUUGAGCGGCCCGUGCUGCCCCCUCCCGUGGCCAUCGACACUGCUAGCUACAAGGUCUUCGUGUCCGGGAAGAGUGGAGUGGGCAAGACGGCGCUGGUGGCCAAGCUGGCUGGCCUGGAGGUGCCUGUGGUGCACCACGAGACCACAGGCAUCCAGACCACUGUGGUAUUUUGGCCAGCCAAACUGCAGGCCAGUGACCGUGUUGUCAUGUUCCGCUUCGAGUUCUGGGACUGCGGAGAGUCUGCGCUCAAGAAGUUUGAGCACAUGCUGCCGGCUUGCAAGGAGAAAGCAGAUGCUUUCCUCUUCCUCUUCUCCUUCACCGACCGCGCCUCCUUCGAAGACCUCCCUGGACAGCUGGCCCGCAUAGCAGACGAGGCCCCCUCUGCCGUCAGGAUAGUCAUUGGCUCUAAGUUUGACCAGUACAUGCACACAGACGUGCCCGAGCGUGACCUCACAGCUUUCCGGCAGGCCUGGGAGCUGCCCCUCCUACGGGUGAAGAGUGUGCCAGGACGGCGGCUGGCCGAUGGGCGCACGCUGGAUGGGCGGGCUGGGCUGGCUGACAUUGCCUACGUGCUCAAUGGCCUCGCUGAGCAGUUGUGGCACCAGGACCAGGUGGCAGCUGGCCUGCUCCCCAGUCCCCCAGAGAAUGCCCCUGGCUGAGGGGUGGUGGCAUCACGAAUGGGCACCUGUGAUCCCCACCCCUACCCCUCAGGUGACCGAGGUGACCCAGGACAGAGGGGCAGGACCCGGGGCCCGAGGCAGGUGUGGGGACAUUGAUCCCAUCCCAAGGGCUGGCCAGAGAGGCCUGGUCAGUGAGGAUGGGGGCCUGGGCAGCCAGUGAGGAGGGGGCGGAAGGCUGCAGGGCAGUGGGAACCAUCUGGUCCGAGGGUGUUUCGGUGAUUCCUGCUUUUCUAGGCUUCUGGACACUGAGGAGCCCCAAGGGCCUGUCCUCAAGGGUUCAAAUGUCCUUCUCAACCUCCCGCCGCCCUUCCCCCUUCUGCAGUCCCCUCGGAGGAAGAUUGGGAAGUGGGGGUGCUUCCACUAGGCCCUGGGCCUCAACUGACUGCAAUAAAGAGCCUGUAUCGAUUGGGCUGUAACAGAGAAA